CAAGAAUACUGGCUUCUAAGUUGGGUAAAUUCAACGCUGUAUUGUUUUAUGACAACAUAACCUAACUUGCGCAGAAUUGAAUCGAUCAACGUAGUAAUGAGACGCAGAAAUAUAAGUUGGAACGAUACAAUUUGAUGACAAAUAACUCGGAUGACCAGAUAUCUUCAUCUGUUGGAAUAGAUGAUGCAGUAGCACAGUUUGAAACAUAUGAAGACUAUCUAGAUUCCCAGAUAACGGCCACUGAUCUUUUUUAUUUGGAGGAUGAGGAAAUAGCUCGACAACUUGUUGAACUAGGUUACAGAGGAUCAGGUGAAACACUCAAACGUGAGGAGUUCAACAGUCGUAAGAAAGCACUUGCUGAGGCAAUGCUAGCUAAAGAGCAACAAAAAAAUGCAUUGUCUUCUUUCGGUCUGAAGAUAACGUGUCCAUUCCUCCGAGCUUUAGCUGAGCGGGAAGGUUCUAAUCGAACCGGUCAAAUGUCCACUAUUAUUUUUAUUAGAGAUAAGAAUUCACGUGGUCAAGAAAUAUCGGGCUACAUAGAUUAUGCACAUCGUUUGAAAUCUGAAGACUUCACAGUGUACUUUAAAGAAAAGAAAAAGUUGCUCCCAAGAACAGGAGAUCUAAGUUUCUACAAUUGGGAAACUCACAAUGUUGUAGCCAAUUCAUCACCGAAUUAUACUGUAAUAACAGAAAAUCCUAAUGGCCUUCUUUUGAAGAAUAAACGUGAUAGAAAAAUUUUAAAUGUUGACUCAACUGCUACAUCCCCUGGUGAUAAUUCCAAAAGAACAAUCGUCGAAACUGACAAGUAUCUUCAAGUUGUUAUCUACGAUCAUAUAACUAAGAGAAAAACGUGAAUGUUUAUUUUCCCAUUUCUAAGUACCCUACAUAUAUUAUCAUUUUGAUAAAGGAAACUCUGAAUGAUUCUAACACAAAUUAUCAUAUUUCCGAAAAGUUAAACGUUAUUGAAUUAAUCAACCAUGAUUUUGGAUGCAUUUUACAUAGAAUCUAACUAUCGAUUAACAGUGCUUGUGAAAAUAAUCGUAAUUCAAAUAAAACCUUUUAUUUGAAGUUAAAUUGGAUAGAUUUCUUUCGUUGACAAUCCUAAGGAUUGAUACAUCAAAUUGAAAAUUGUUAGGAACAGUCUAAAAUCUGCGAUACUUAACAAACAAUUAAUUUUUAUUAUACACCAUGAGUUGUGAGUAAAGGAUCAAUGGAAGAAUUAAGACAACAAAAGUCUUCAUGAUAGAGAAUCAUUUCAAUGAGUUGUUCAUUUUUAUUAUCACCAUUAUUAUUAUAAAACCAGUUUGAUUUCCUAUAUGCGAUGAUUUGGUUCGCGACCAACUUUUUACCUGUGCCAUCAUAUUGAAAAAUAAACUUAAUACUCAGACGAUCUAUUAGUUGUUGAUUGUAUGGCCUUGUAAAAUAUCUUAAUUUGAUCACAUAAAAAUUUUCCCG